UCAAAAUGUUUUAUAUAACAAACACAAUAUACGUAUAAAAGUCUUUUGUGAUAAAUGUUCUAAUAUUUUCAUGAAUUGUUCGAGUAUCAUCGAUAUGUAUCGUAUCAAUCCCAUCGCUAACUACAAGUCACUCGUGCUUGUUACCUUUGAGUUCCUAUAAGAAAGGGAGGGGACAGGGAGACAGGAUUUCGUCCAGUGAACUAGGGAGAAAAUGGGCCAAUCACAGCGGCUCGGUGGUUCGGGGUUCGGGAGAGUUCGGCUGGGACGAGGUAAGCACGACUGACUUCGUGAAUCUUUCGCAAUUCGCUUCAGUUCGUCCAGCAGAGAAGCAACGCUCGUUCCGCGACGAUGUUCUUCGCGCUGCAGUUUAUAUCUACUGUAUAUAGGCAGCUUUAGGCGGGUUAACACGCGAAAUUUUUUCAAAAAUUUUCAAAACAUAACCUCAAAUACAUGACUCGAUACAUUUCACACAAAAAUAUGUAAAGUGGUGCGUCAGGUUUCCAAAGUUUGUGCUUGGCGGAAUUGUUUGACAGUUUUCCAAACGAAUCCUCGUGAAGCAAUCCGCAAGCUGCAUGUCGACCGAAACCUGCUUCGUCCAAAUGGAUUGAUCUUCUCUACUUCUGAAGAAAUUUUGUUUGUUAUGUCAACGUAAAUCUGACGCCAGAAAACACAAUACAACCAGUCGUCAUCCAGUGAAAUAUGUUAACACGAUAAGUAAUUGCGUCACAUUUAUUAUACAUGAAUGGUUGGAGAUUCGCCAGACAUCGUCGGAGAAGGAUCGAUUUCAGAUCUAGGAGAUCUAGAGGGAUGGUGGAAUAAUCAUGCGAUAGUGGUCUGGAGUUUCGCCCUUUUUGGCUGUUUCUUACUCAAUGUCAUACUUCUACUGGCAUUCCUCAUACGUCCGUCGCUACGGACCAUUUCCAACAGGUUUGUCAUGAACUUAACCGUGUCAAACCUGUUGGUCUGUGCCAUCAUGAACCCCCUACUAAUAAUGGAUGCUGUUUCAACAUCUUCCAACUCCUCUAUACUCGACUCUGCACCUGUACUAAAUAUUUGUUCAAUGUCAGAGGGCGCAAUGGCGGUAGUAACAACAUCUUCGGUCUUCUCAGUCCUGUUAAUCGCUGUGGAUCAAUACUUUGCCGUGAUGGAUCCUCUACGAUACCGUGCUCGUGUGGACAAACUGAAAUGCGGAAUUCUAAUCCUCUCCACCUGGAUGAUCUCUAUAGUUUUCGGCUUCCUCGCUUUCUUCAACUCAAAUCCUCAAAGUCUUUGGCUUUUCUGCAUCUCCAAAGAACAAAAUUCCUCAAAUGUCUCCACAGAAUCGACUCUCACAGUAUUGGAGAACAAAACCAACAACAACGAGCUCAAUAUCAGUGCAAUUCCUGAAAUAGUAGAAACUGUUAGUCUCAAUGACAACAUAGAUCUCAUAGAGAAUACUACUGUGAUCUUUGAUACGCUUAUAGACGAUACAAUCACUUAUGGCUUUAUCUAUGCCAUUGUUUAUACCAUAUUUGCUUAUUUCAUCCCAUUCAUUGCCGUCUGCUGGAUCUAUGUCACUAUUUACGUAGCUGCACAUAGAAAUUCAGAAAGAGCUAGAAGAAGUGGCUCUAGGCCUAUAUUAUCUUCAGCAAGCUUUACCGAAGAGCAGAAUGGCCCUUCGAGGAUCCAACGUCUUCAGGCGGAUACUAUAGAGGAUUUUAGAAAGUUACCUAAGAUAUCAAGUUUGUCUUCGAUUGACGAGACCAGCGAGACUAUGCAACCCACUGGUCAGCUGUCUAGAAGGCGAUCCUUUGCUUCUUCUAUAGAUAUGGAUGCAUCUUCUCCACCCGAAGAAGUGGGGGAUAAGAAGCCUUCUAGAAUUGUUUUUACGGUUGGCCCACAGAGAGUUGAAGUCUCUCAAUCUACAAACGAAGAAAACUAUAUUAAUGAUAAUUUAAGCAAUUGUAAUUCAGUAAUGGAGAAAGAUGCUAGGAAGAGUAAGUGUCAGGAUUUGCAGAAGCAAGAUUUGCAAACUUCGGGAUACGAAGAGACGAAAGAAUCGUCUAGAGAUUUAAAAGAGCACACACAGGUGAAUAAUUGGAUCUCAGAAAGUUUUAUUGACGAGAGCAGUGAUUCCGAGGAAGAAACUCACUUUGACUGCUUCGAUAAAAAAUUCUCACCUCUCUGUAACUAUUCUUCGAAUCUAUUCCAAGAAUCACUACAAGUCUCUGAAAUUAUCAAAGAGGAGAAUAAUGAGACCAAACAGAACGAUAUCAACGACGAUCGAAAAGAAGAACAUUUGGUACAAGUAGAAGUCGAGUUGAAGAACCAAAUAUUGAGUCAAGGAGACUCUGAAUUAUCAGUGAAUCUUUCAGAAACGAGGCCCAAUCGUAGGUUAUCGUCAUCCUUGAAUAAAGACGCUUCUCUAUCUCACACAUAUGAAAAUAGUAACAAGACUGAAAAGACUAACGGUGGCAGCGCUACAGAAUCAUCCUCGUGUUUGCUAGCACCAAUAGUGACAAUAACCCCAGCGCCAAGCAAGAACGACAACCUGCAUCGUGUUUCGAGCGUGAGGAGCACCUCGAGCUACAUACACUCUCUAAAGGACAGGAUAAGCAAUGGUUCUAUAUUUAGGCACAGAGAGGAGACGAGGGCGGCGCGAAUAAGUGCUCUGGUGAUCGUGAUGGGUCUGAUCUGCUGGUCGCCGUACGUGAUAUUACUGGUAAUGAAGAAUCUACCUCGAUCCACUGACCAACAUUUGCCCCAUAAAUACGACGUGUUGGCCUCCAGCCUCUUGAUCUUGGCCGCGUAUAUCAGCCCACUGUUGUUCGGCUAUAGAUCAAAAAGAGUGAAACGCGAGUUAAGAAGGUUCUUCUGCUUCAGGAGAGAAUUAUCUUAUAAGAAUAAUAGAAGCUUAAUGGCUAAAAAGGUGUUGAGGAGGAGACACAGUAGUAAUCUCAGUCACUUUGAGAUGGAUCACAAGUAUAAUAUAUUCAGUUGCAUGUAUGGGAAGAAUCGAUGGCCCAAGGAGAAAGUUCAAUUUGUCCAAGUACCAGACACAGCGCUGGCUGUGGAAACUUGCAGGAGUAGCUUCUCUAGUGGAGCCAGUACUCAGAUCUCCAGCACCUCGACGGAGGAAUGUUGAGAUUCAUGAUGUUCCUGACUUAAUCAUGUUCAUAGGCUUCUUUUUGUAUUGGAGAUGGUUUUUGUGGAGUACUUAAUGCGCAGUUAAUUGUGUGCAGGUGUUUCAGUUGGUUUUAGAUGAGAUGUUGAUAGAUUUUGAGUGAACAAGUAGAAUUGGUUAUAUUGAGUGAUUUGAAGAAACGGUCAAGUGAUUUAGAGAAAUAGAGCCACAAAUAUUUUAAUAAUAAUAAUAGGUUGGAAAAGAAAGAAAUCUUUAACUACAGAUUGUUCAUCUCUGGAAAAAGCUUGAGUUUUUAUCUAGUUUAUACAAUUUGAUAGAGAACUUUAAAAACGUUACUAGCUGAAUAUCUUCAAUACUUAAAAAUAUAUAUGUCAUUAAAAACAAUAACUAUAUUAUAUUUUAAUAGUAUAGAGAUUAAGUUCUCAAGCAAAGUCUGUAAUUAAGGAUCGAUCUUGAAGGAGAUUGAGAUGUAUAGAAAUUUUAUUUCAAGACGGAUAUCUGUUUAGCUUUUUUUUUUAAAUAAACAAUGUUCUGUCUAUCUAUAUCCAAUGUUAAUACUUUGAAAGAAACUCUCUUCAUAGAAAGGAAUUAUACUCACAUCGAAAAAUGAUUGAUUUAAUAGAAAAUUGGUGCUAAUGUUGUUGAUAUACUGUGCAGAAAUAAUUUCAAUUUUUAAACAAGAUAUAAAAGAUCAUUACAACCAUUUGACUCAAAACUAUAAAAAUAUAUUAUCUAAAACUACAAAAAUUAUAAAAAUAUAUAUUCAAUACUCUCUUUGUUGUAAAUGAAGUUUGAACAAGGUAAAGUCUACAAUUUAUUAUAAGAAAGAAAGAAAAACUGCAUUCAUUCUUUGAUCUUCAGAAAAUAUUUUUCUAAAAGAAAGAUCGUAAAAUAAAUGUUAUUUUACUUGUUAUAACAAAUAUCUUCUUAGAUGUAUUUAACUCUUCAGAAAAAUUAAAAAUAACUAACUUUAUAUAGUAUAAAAAAUCUCUCACUUUUUUUUUUGGAGAAUAUUUUCCUUCAACGAAAAGUAAAAUUAAAUGUAAAAUAUAAUUUAAAUUCAGAUCUAUGCAAAUGGCCAAAUAAUAGAGAAAUAUUUUUAACAUUGUAUCUACUUACCAAAUCUUUACAAAAGUAACAUAUGCUUGUAAUUUCCCUAUAUGUUAACUAUGAAUAACUGUAAAUUAUUUCUGUACAUAAACCAUAAAAGUUCAGUAAAAUAAUUAUAAGUUAUUUUGUAAGAGAAUUAUAAAUGAAAACAAAAGAAGUGUAUUAUUCUAUUGAGAAAGGGAAAUUAAAUUAUACAGUCUUUCUAUAGAUGUAAUCAAUAUCAAUAAACAUUUCUUUUGAAAUUAAAAAAUAACUGGUGACAGGAAUAUUAGGAUGGAGUAUCUAUAAAUGAAUACAGAUCACGCAUAAUUAGUAUUCAGAAGAAUCAACGUAAAAAUUCAGCAAAUGAAACCAUAAGUACACGUUAAAACAAUUAAGCAUGAAAAUGAUAUACAGUCAGUUACAAAAUUCUUGGUAUGCUCUAUAAAAAGACUAGUUUUUAUUAAAAUAAGACAUCUUCAUCGCAUUCUUACUUAUGAAUAUGAUUUACAUGAUUUAUAUUCACAUUUACAUUUUAUAGUUCUACUUAUAGUAUCAUAUUUAUUAACAUGUGAAAUAGGAUUUUGUAGUAAAAUGAGUUAUUUUAGAAGUGUAUUCGGACAAAUAAGAAGAAAAAGAUUGUAUUUGUACAAUCUUACUAUUUCAAAUUAUAGAUUAUGUUAAUAUUUUGUGAGGAUCGCAUUACCUUUAAAAUAAUUCUGAAUUAAUCUUUUCAUAUAAGAGAUAC